AUGAGCAAAGUGGAACAGCCUGCCAAUACAAAGGAGGAAGAUGAGGAGCUCGACGACUGGGACAAGAGGAUUUUCAGCACCGGAUGCGCUGAUGAACAGCUCAAGAUGAAUGAUUGUUACUACGACAAGAAAGAUUGGAGACUCUGUCGGAAAGAGAUGGAGCUUUUCAGAGAAUGCUGGAAGCGCAAUGGCAACGAACAGAGGACGCAGAGUAAGGGAGCCAAGUAG